AUGGCCACUCUCCAAUUCAAUAGCUCUGCCGUCAUUCUUGAUGAUACUAGUCCUUUGAUAUCGUACUCGUCGGGCUGGGUACUGGCAGGAAGCAGCGCAGAGUACAACCAAACUCGGCAUGGGGCUUCGACUGCAGGUCAGACGGCCACGUUCACUUUCAACGGUACUAGUAUAGCGGUGUACGGAUCGCUGGGAUCGAUCGACGUCUAUGGACAACCACAAACACAGUAUUCCAUCGACGGAGAGGUGUCGGCAGUUUACGAUGCGCCAAUAAUCACCCCUGGAACGUAUACCGAUCAUACACUCUUUUACUGCUCGCCUCCCCUCACGGCAGGAGUGCACACGCUAGGGAUCGAGAAUCUGAACGGAACAGCUCCCAGCGAGUUUUGGCUAGAUUAUAUUAUUUAUGUUCCCUCCGAUCUGCAGGCGGUGUUGGCAACUUCUACAUCCCAGACGUCAGCCGCUCCCACCACAUCGUCCUCUUCAAAUUCGGUCGCGACAACGACCACUCCAACGUCGACCCCUCCAGUGUUGACUCCUCCAACAUCGACUCCUCCAACAUCGACUCCUCCAACAUCGACUCCUCCAACAUCGAAUUCUCCAACAUCGACCGCUUCAACAUCAACUACGUUAGCGUCAUCCUCUUCUACUUCUCCAACAUCGACUGUUCCAACAAGGGCCGCUACCACAUUGACCAAUCCGCCCUUGCCGACCGCUCCCGCUACCAUCACUACAUCUGUAUCAAGCACCUCGAGUGGUACUGCUGGAAAGGUCGCCUCCGCGGCGUUAUCGUCCAAGUCCACAAAUGUUGGGGCAAUUGCCGGAAGUGUGGUGGGUGGGGUUGUUGGCCUGGCUCUGAUAUUCGCCGCUUUGUUCUUCUUCUAUCGGCGUAAGCGAAACACGGGAGUCUACUUCGGCGAUGGUAUCCUUGCUGCAUCAUCCGAUGCCCGUCCUUUUGCUUCUUGGCCAAAUGACAGUGUCAUUACUGGGCAGAACUUCAGGCAGAGUACAGACAUACAGUCUUCGCUGGGUAGCCCGUCUCAGCAUAUGGGAACGUAUGUCCAUAGUCCUACCCAACAUUCAAGCACGACCAGCACUUUGCCUUACCCUGCUACACUGCCAGCGGGUAUUGCAACCACCCAUGAAGUACGCACCCUUCCUACCAUCGCGGGCGGAUCCGUUGACGUCUUCCCUCUUCCGGAAAAGGCUUCGCAACCAGUUCCUGAUUCUGCCCACAUAUCCUCUGGAUCUACCGUUUCUCUCCCGCGCCGCUUGCCUGAUCCCGAGAUUCGUUCCAUGCUAUCCACCGUCGGAGAUACCCCUCCCGCAUAUACUCGCUGA